AGACACAACGACCGAACCGGCUCAGGCUGUAGCGAUCCAAGGAGCGGACCUCCGGUUCUGCAGGACCCUGUUCGCACCCAGAACCGCCUUUCGGAACCACAGCUGAAAGAAGUUCACUGAAGAAAGAACUAAAAGCUUCGUGUUGACCCAAACCAUGAGGCGGUUCCGAGCGGUUCUGCUCCUGCUCCUGGUGUCCGUGUGGCUCCUGAGCGCACAAGCCUACAAGUGCAGGUGCACCAGGAAAGGACCAAAGAUCAGAUACAAGGAUGUUCAGAAGCUGGAGAUCAAACCCAAACACCCCUACUGCCAAGAGAAGAUGAUUUUUGUGACGAUGGAGAACGUGUCCCGGUUCAAAGGACAGGAAUACUGUCUUCACCCCAAACUGCAGAGCACAAAGAACCUCGUCAAAUGGUUUCGCAUCUGGAAGGACAAGCACAGGGUGUACGAAGCCUAAACUCACGUCUCCUCCGACCACACGGAGCGAGUGACACCAACCUUCAACAAGUUCUCCGGGACUGCUUUGUGAAAGACACGAUGGUCUUCUUCAGCCUGACAGAGCGCAGCGACAGCUGCUUGUAGUUUGUAGAGAACCUGGUGGACUCGCUCCCAUCGGUCGAGCCACGUCACACACUCUUCUCCCGUCCACCUGGAGGAGGAAGACCACCACCUGUAUUCAGUUAGAGCCAUGGGAUCAGACCUCCACCUGGAGGAGGAACCAAACAUCCAUCCGUUCAACACGCAGGUCUCCUGCUUUAGAGUCUGCUUCUGUUCACAGUCAGCUGUUUGUCGACUCGUCAGAUGUGCACGGCUUCGGUCAACAGGUAGAACAUUCAAAUACAACUUUGGUGUCGAUUCCCUGCAGAGCACGGCGUGUUCAAGACGGUUACUACGUUUGUAAAGAAGAACUCCAUGUUUGUUUUCACUGUGUGAACAUCUUCAGAUGACGUGUCGUCAACCACAUGUUUCUGUCAUGCAUUCAACCAUCACAUUCUUCACAGAGGUGAACAUUUCCAACCAAACUUCAGAGAAGAGCAGUUUCUGGUCAUGGCUCUUGUUUUCAGAGGCAGAUUGUCAGAACGACAUGUGGCUGAAUGUGUGACGUGUUUGUGACCAAUUAAACAACCAUUACUGCUCCUUCUACUCCUUUAUCAAAGUGUUUCCACACAACUGGAGCUCAGGAGCUCAAAGAAACGAUCAGAGUUUUGCCACAUGAAUGAAACUUGUUUUUAUGACGUGUAUGAUUUGUUCUUGUAGAAUGAAAUCCGUUAAUAAAACCCGACUCGUCUUUGAGGCUGGGUCUUGGUUGGUGAGCUGCUGGAAAAUAAAUGUCAUCAUUGUGUGUAAAACAGAUGUUUAUUACAUUAAAGGUGCAGAAACCACUUCCCCUCUGCAACACAGAGCUGUGCAGGAUAAAGACUGAUUUAAUUUAGGAUGACUCUUAUCUCAUUUAUUGUUUCACAUCUUCUGUUUUUCUCCUGUAAAUUUGUGUUCAUCUUUAGUUUUUGACACCAGGGUGUUGCCUGCAAACAUUGGUGUCCAUAAACCAACAAAACAUCUCAUUUUCAUAACGACUCCAGUUUUAUAACUUCCAUUUAAAUAAUGUCAUGCGUAUACACUGACUAAUACAAUGUUAAGUGGACAAUAAAACCCACAAGUAUAAAA